AUGAAGUUAUCCGGUGUUUCUGACUCAGUGAAAACAAACGGCGAAGCGGCGGUCCCCUCCAGUCCGGUCAAACCCGUCGCCCAAAUCGGUGUCUCUUCCGGCGAUGUCAGUUCGAUGAAAUCAAAAGGCGUAGCGGCGGUCUCCUCCAGUCCGAUCAAACCAAUCAGCAAAACCGGUGCCUCUUCCGGCCUCAACAUCGGCGUUAAGGGCAAAGCCUCUGUCUCUUCCGGCGCUAAAGACAAAGCUAUCGUCUCCGACAACGUAGGGGAGGUGAUUACCUUCAAUGACGUGACAUUCGGGCCCCAUGAAGGCGAGGUACGGUAUCGGUUGAUCCACUUUUGGGAGGCUUGGAAUGCUCAGACGAAGGUGCUUAUCGGCCUCGAAAUGCUUCUCAUCGAUGAAGAGGAAAAUAUUAUCCAGGGCUUCAUCCCCUAUGGAAGGAUUGAGACUUAUUUGUGUCACAUGAAAGCUGGUGCUACUUACCAACUCAACAAGUUUUUCGGAUCAAAGAGCAAGACUAUUUACCGGGUAGCUGAACCAAGUGUCACUAUUAGCUUCUCAUGGAACUCUGUCCUCUCUGUUCUCGACGACAAUUAUGCUGGCCACAUCAAACUUGUGAAUGGGCAGGUUCUCAGUGACAGUCUUCUGCUUGAUGAAGCAGAGAUAGCUGCAUCCCGCCGAGUUGAUCUUCAUGUUCAAACACAUGACGAUCCCUUGCUGAAGCUGUACCUCUGGAACAAGGCUGCCUUUGAGUUCUGUGAAAAGUUUAAAGCAUCUGGAGGCACUGCACGUGUUAUCUUAGUCACCACCUUAAACCCGAAACGGUUUGGAGGCGUCCUAUCUCUAUUUUCUGUGGCGUCUUCACGGGUAUUUCUGGAUAGUGAUGUCCAAGAAACCCGGUUCUACCUCAGUUGGCUGAAUUCGAAUUUAGAUGUUGCCAACAGAGUUAAUGCAGAGGUAGUCACCAAGCCUGAGACAGCGACAUUGGGGGAACUCUUCUCCUAUAUGAAUCAGGCAUCCGCUAAGGUUGCUUGGUUUGAGUGCACAACAACUAUUGAUGAUGUUGUGCACGGUUCUGGGUGGUAUUAUAUAGGCUGCGGUGUGUGCCAAUCUAAGGCAACCAAAGGGCCUACAACGCUUAUGUGUAAGAAAUGUGGGAAGAGUGAAAUUGCUGGUGUGGCGCAGUAA